GAUUUCUUCUGACUGUUUAUUUUAACAUUAACUUCGGGUUUGAAAUGCAGCUCUCUGUUGCAAACCCUUAAAAAAUGGCUGCGCCCAGAGUCACACCGGUAACUCAUGUUGUAUUUGAUGUGGAUGGAGUUUUAAUAGACACAGAACACUUGUACACAGAUAUUAUACAAGGCAUUGUGGGUAAGUAUGGAAAAACGUUCACAAUGGACAUCAAAGUGAAACAGAUGGGCAGGAAGGAACCAGAGGCUGCAAAAGUUGUCAUAGAGAGUCUAGAUUUACCAUUAACAGUUGACCAGUAUCUACAGAUGUCUCAUGAGCAACAAGAAAAAUUGUUUCCAUCAGUUGAACUUUUGCCAGGAGCAGAAUGUCUAGUAAAACACUUGCAUAAAAAUGGAGUCCCCAUUGCCACUGCUACUGGUUCACAUACACAGAGCUUUGAGCUAAAAACCUCGGGUCACAAGGAUUUAUUUUCUCUGUUCCAUCAUUGUGUCCUGAGUGGAGAUGACCCCGAAUGUAAACAUGGCAAACCUGCACCAGACUGUUUCCUGCUGGCUGCACAGCGAUUUCCUGACAAUCCUGAUCCCAGCAAAGUGCUGGUGUUUGAGGAUGCCCCCAAUGGAGUGGAGGCUGCUCAUGCAGCAGGGAUGCAGUGUGUGUGGAUUCCCCACAAGGGCAUCAACAAAGAGACUCACAGACACCUGGCUACGUUGGUGCUAGAGAGCUUGGAGGACUUCAGACCUGAGAUGUUCGGUCUUCCAUCAUAUGACAGCUGAUCGAUAGGGGCCCUGGAUAAAUGGCUCAUUUAGAUCCUAUGUCUCAGAGGGUGCUAAAGUAUUAAUUAGUUUUAAGUUUUAUUUAAUCAGGUUAUUAAUUGUGUGAUUCAAAUUGGUGGUGUUUUAUCAUAUAUAUGUACAUGAUUGUAUAUAUUAUUUUUCAUAUCAGAACCUGUGAUUUGUCACCAUUGAAGAUGGUAUGGUGAUUUGUAUAAAAGUACCAUCACAAUUUUUUAUUCAUGAUUAUUGAUUAUGAUUUUUCUGAUCUCAAAGCCAAUGAGAACUUAAGUUGAUUGGCUUUUUUAAUGUACUUUUUAAGCAUUUUAUAUUGUUAAUUUCAUUGUUGGCUUUUUUUUACAAUGAUAUUUGUAAUAUUACUGUGUUACAUGAAAAAGUAAUCCUGACCUUCAAUAUCUUUGCCAAACAUUAAAAAUCUUUAAGGUGUUUGGACCUUUUAGCUGCUGGAGACAUUACUAGUGCAAUUCCUAGUCUAUUUUAAAAUUUUGAAAAAAACAUUGAUAUAUCUACUUCAAAGAGAACUUUUUACUAAUGCAUAAAGAAUGUUUUAAGUAAAAAAUUAAUGAACUGCUCUCAUACACUUCAAAGAGAACUAAUAAUUGAGUAUCUGAUAGUUAAUCAGGUACUGCAUGGCCCACUCCUUUAUACCUCCUACUAAUUUGGCCGCUAUGACAGUAUAGCUGGUCUUGGAGAGAGGCUCUUUGUUGCAAUGUUGCUGAUGAUUGACUGUUGACAUCAGGCUCUGCAGGGCAAAAACAUUAAGGCAAGCUCACUUUUGAUCUGGAUCAGUCUCAAUUUUACAAAAGCAAAUACAUGUAUUAGGAUACAGUUCAAGGUGAUCCUGAGAUAAAAUAAAAAAGCUUUGUUUCUCUGCAAUACAGUAAAAUCAUGUAUGUCUUUUGAUUUCUGACUGAUUCCAUUUGUAUAAAUUAUACAUGAAUUGCCAAUCUUUUUCUGCUUAGCACAUUACAGUACUGGUACUUUAAUAAAGUUUGCUGUAGAUUUGUAGCUCCACAGGAAAAACCAGGUUGUGAGACAGUUGACUACUGACUGUCAACCCGAAUUUUUUAGGAGAGCUACAGAUCUGCCAAAAAUAAUGUUACAUGUAUCUGAUUUUAUGAAUAACAUAAAGCAAUGCUGUGUACAUACUUUUAAUUCAACAACAGACUUCAUAAAGCCACAGUUUACAUCCACUGCUUGCAGGGUACCAAUACUUAGAAGCUGACAGUGUUCUGUUAAUUCAGUGUGCAUUUCAUGCUAAAAGAUCACAUGCAUUUGCAUAUACUAAUUAUUAAUACAUUAAAGAGUGUAUAAACUAUCGUAGUCAUGAAUGGAUGUUAAUUAUUAUAUUCAACAAUUCUUGUAAUCAUAUUUAUACAUUUUAACAAAUUAAAAAUUUUAUUGUAUGUUGAUUUUUUUUCCAAUUUGAUUGAUGAUUAAAAGUAUAUUUUAUAUCAAAUACUAUCUGUGUAGUAGUUUUUUCAUGACCAGCUAGUUGGGUCUGCUUUUCGGGGUAUAUUCUCAAUCUCUGAUUUUAAUUGCAACAUAGAAAAAUAGACUCUCAAGGAAAAUACAUCAACAACACUCACUCCUAAAAAUAAACAGCAUUGAUUUGGGUUGUUUCCUUACACAAGUUUAUUUAUAAAUGAAACGAAUGCUGGAUUUUUAAUCUGAUUGUAAUAUUAUAACAGUUACUUUAUAAUGUUGUCUAUAAGUAGAGAUACACAGAUGUGUUAAACACAGGAUUUAUAGGUUUUAAGAUAGGAUGAUUGCACUGGCUUGUGUUUCCAUUUUUUCUUCAAUAUAAUGUUAUUACUAUUACUAUUAUACCGAUAGAUGCACAAGAUUAGGGAUUUUAUAUUGCAUAUAAAAUUUUAUUUUGGUUUUAGUUUAAAGUUUAUUGAGUUUAAUUUUCUUAUUGUAAGCAUUAGAAAGGUGCUAGUUGUAAAAUUGCUUUUGAUGAAGGAUUAUUGACGAUUUGAAAAGAAUGCGUAGUUUUUUUCUGAAUCAUUAUGUGCGUAAAAUAGGUGACACGCGGGUAGCGGUGAGUUUUUUGAAAAGGGGGCGGGGAAUAAUUUUGUUAUUUUUGUUUUUGUUUUAUUUUUCUACAAAGAUAAAUAGCAUAUCGUAGAGGAGCGGUUUUACAAAUUCUAUUUUAAUUACAUUCGAUUAAUAAAGUCGGAGGUUGCCAAAAGAUGCAAAAGAAAGAAGUGUGUGUGUGGUGGGGGGGGGGGAUAGUGGGUUAUUUCGAUCUUAUUAAUAUCUUAAAACUGGGGAAAGAGGUCUUAUCAGACACGUGGCAUAGUUUUCCAAAGUGGGGGGAUGGUAAAUUAAGAAAAAAAUAGACAUUGCCAAACUUUAGAAUCUUAUUCGAUGGGGAGGGGAUGCUUAAGGAGUUUAAUUUUGAUUUAGAAUUUGCCUUUUACUAUAUUAUUAAAUGGGCUGAUUCCCAUGUUGCUGCGCGCCUGCAUGUUAGUGUAUUAUCUUACGGGAGUGCUUGUUAAAUGAAAGGUGACUAGUGUAUGUAGA